CCCUGUUGCUGUCAUUAUAACUGUCAAUCGCCUCCGCACUUCUUACCUUCCUCUUAUUCAUUUCUCUAUCUGUCAUGCUUUCGUUUCUGUCUUUCUCAUCUCCACGGACUACCACCCUUCUGUAUAUCUCUACAACCUCAUUCGUUGUCACACCCAGCUCAAACUGCCACUUAUAUUAUCCACCCGCCACCACAUCACUUCACACAUUAUUACAGCGACUAUGGAGACAACAUCAAUUUUUGGCUGAAAUAUAAGUAAAACUCUCUUAUCAUGGAUGAUAAAGUUGAUGAUUCUAAGAGGCCCAAGGGUCAGACCAAUGAUGGGAGCGACCUUAAUCCAGGUCAAAUUGAGCAAAGCCACGGGGUUAUCGGUCAUUUUGCAUAUGUUGUUCGCAGAAUGUACAGUCUUUUCGGAAAGUCAAGCCAUUCAGUGUCUGACGGUGUGGAAAAUACGGCUACAGUGAGAUCUAGUAAUUUAAAUCCGGAUAAAUCAUCUGCUCACAAUGGGACCAGUAUCGACUCUACAAAGAGAUCAGACUACAACACGGAAGCCUGUCAGCGAGACGAGCACCAUAUCAAAGACUCUGUUUCAGAGAGUACAGACAUGGCUGCCUCACAUCAAUGUAUGGAGAGCGGCAACAAUAGAAAGAAAAAGAAGAAGAAACCCAAGAUCAAAAAGUGCUCGAAAGCCCAAAAAUCAAAUAACACCAUGAGUAAUGAAAGUGAUAUGGAAGGCAAAAUUGUUGAUAAGAACAUUCGAGAUCAACAUUGCGUCUCUGAGUCUUCAUUAUCAGGUUCUACUGGUAGCGAAGACGUUUUGACAGGGAAUUCCGAAACACGGUUAACAAAAGACAAUGGCGAUGACAAAAAACCGGAAGCAGAAACAAGGGCAAAAAUUUCCUCUGGAUGCAAUUUACCACCAGCAAAAAGCAAGAAACUUCAAAAGAGUUUAUCAAGGACGUUAUCGAAUUUAGAUUUCGAGAACUGUAAUCCAGAGAUUUGUGUGACCCUCAUGCAUCGGCCUUCAAUCCAGAGUGUUGGAGCUCUUAAAAGAAAAUUAAAGAGUUGUACAACUGAAUGGCUUCAGUCGUUUGUAAAACAAGGCGGCCUCGACAACUUGCUAGAUUUUAGCAUAGGAGACCGCCAUGUUAUUCAAUUAUCAGAUGCCUUAUUACUAUUGGAGUGUAUUUCCUGUAUUCGUGUCGUCAUGAACUCUCGGCAGGGACUUGAAUAUAUCAUAAAUACAAAUUAUACCAAAAAGCUGGUAAAAACUUUAGAUUCUCAAAAUGUGAUGGUUAAGAGUGAGGUAUUUGAACUGCUGUCUGUCCUGUGUAUUUAUUGUCCGGAGGGAUAUGAAAGUACUCUGAAUGCUAUAGAUAUGAUGAAGGUUAGUAAAAAUGAGCGCUACAGAUUUAGUUUCAUCGUGAAAGAACUGAAAACCACGGAUAUAGUCAAUUAUAAGCGUAAUUUAAUGGCCUUCAUUAACUGUAUAUUGUUUGCUACUGAAGAUCUCUACAAACGUGUACAAAUCCGUGUGGAAUUUAGAGAUUUGAAUUUGGGGUCCGUCCUAAAAGAACUACGACAGCUAGAAGAUAAAAGACUUAGUGUGCAAUGUGAUACUUACGAGCAAGAUAAACGCCAUGAUGACGCCAUUUUAACACUGAUUAAUAAUACAAAUAAAGGAGACAUCAGUCGCCAUCAGAGCAUGUUCUUGUCGAUAUGUCAGAAUGUUCUGGGUACUCCACACGCUGAAUCUUUUCUCAGCAUUCUGAAGUCUCUCCAACAAAUUGACCCUGAGAAUGAAAUCAGUGAUUACCAAUGGUUUGUAAUGGAGUCAGUGGCACAAAACUUACUUUACUUGGACAAAUCUUUGUUUCUUGAGAAACUUUUGGUUGACAUAAAGACUGAAAUAGAACUACAGCGUUGUAGAAGCAAUAGAACUACUGAAGAGCAAAGAAAGCAAGUCAAUACAACAGUUGAUUCUACAUAUGGUUCUGAGACGGAAGAGAUCACCGGUUCUGGUUCAGGAAACUAUAAUUUCCAGUCACAAACCACUACAUCCUCGUUCGACUUGGAAGAACCUGAUCUUCCAGAAAACUUCGUUGAAACAUCAUCUCCCAAAUCAACUUCGAAUUCAUCAAAUGUUGUAGAAAAUCAAACGCCAGAAAAGUUAUCAAAAUACCACAAAAUUCCAUCAGAUUCUGAGAAUCAAAAACACGUCCAUAAAACAGAGCUCCAGAAAAAUUCUGAACCAUCCAUGACAUUAAACGAAGCAGUGACAUCUGUAGAAGAUCCCUUGAGUAGCUCUGUUAUCGAGAGUAGCCCGAAGAAAAUUAAAUCGCUAACUGAACUGGUUCUACAGUCGACGCAAAUGAACGAAAAAUCUUCUCAAAUUCGACUAGAAGGAAACCAAACCCCCAAUAUAACUUCCAAAUCAACAGAAGAACCGACGUUGUCCGAAAUUGCUCCACAGGCGGGCAAAGACAAACACAUAGAGAACACAUCAAAGAAAAUAUAUUCUUCACCAAUUAAAAGCAACAGGAAAGACAGAUUUUCUGAAAAUGACAAACCUGAAGUGGCAGAAGAUCUCGAACCCUGUCCACCUCUGACGCCUGAGACGCUUCAUUCCAUUACCACAUCACAACAAUCUUUUUCUACUGAAAACUCAAAUGAAAAAAAUGUUGACAAUCCAGAAACUCUUUCUUCAAUCACAUCAAAUACACCACAGAAUCCCUCUCCCGGACCAUCUUCUCAAACAUUACAAACGCCCAAAACAAAACGGCUUCACACAUCAACAGAAAUUAAGGAAGAUACCCUUAAACCACCAGCCUCUCCAUCUUUACUUGCACUAGUUAGAUCAGCCCAAAUCGUAUCUAAAAAAAAACCAUCAACCCAUUUAACCCCAGAGGUGAGCAUGACCUCAGAGAUUGCUUCUGAUUCGGAGGUGAAUAUUCGGUCGGAACCCGCCUCCAUUCUGGAGGCAGACGUACCAUCAGAGUCUACCGCUAUUGUGGAAGCAGGCGUGUCAUCAAAGCUGGUCACCGCUAUUGACGAAGAUGUGCCGUCAAAGGCAGACGUACAAUCAGAGCUUACAGCUGUUUCAGACUCCAAAAAUACUCCGGUGGCAGACGUACAAUCAGAGCUUGCUGCUGCACCGGAGGAAAAGGUGCCAUCAGAGUCCAAUGCAUUAAAAGAUGCAGAUGGGUCAUCAGAGGCCAGCAUUGUUCCAGAGAUGGAAAAGCUGACACAGUCUGCUAGUCAUUCAAAGGCUGAUGUUUCACAGUCACCUCCACAUCCAAUUUCCGAAUCUGGUACUUCUAUUAUACAGCCUGAACCCAUCACCAAGGCUGCUCCACCACCACCUCCUCCUCCUCCUCCUCCACCACCACCACCUCCUCCCCUUCAUUCGCCACUAAACGCUGGGUCUGGUGUUUUACCCCGGGCUCCUCCACCGCCACCGCCUCCACCUCCACUCCCAAACUCUGGGGAUUUCUACAGACCACCGCCUCCUCCACCACCACCACUACCCCUGGGAUCUGGAAAUUUACCUAGGGUUCCACCACCACCACCAUUACCCCCAGGUUCUGGGGUUUCCCAAAGUUCACCGCCACCCCCGCCACCCCCACCACCCCCGCCACCUCCUCCACCACUACCCCCAGGGUCUAAGCGUUUACCCGGGGUUCCUCCACCACCACCACCACCACCACCACCUCCACCUCCUCCUGGCUCUAAGGGUUUCCCUCCUGCUCCACCUCCACCUCCAUCGUCAUCAUCAACAUCGUCAUCACCAAGCAAAUACUCGUCUGCGACGUUGCCAGCCAGGUUACAUGGUAAACCAGUCUUGGCACCAUCCCAGAAACUUCGUUCUUUCCAAUGGCACAAGGUCCCAACCAAUAUCAUCAAUGAAAAAGGCAACCUUUGGCAAGAUGUAUAUUAUAUGAGAAGUAACAGUGCUGUGGAUGUUGACUAUAAAACUCUUGAAGAUAUGUUCAGUAUGAAAGCUCCUCCCAAAAAGUCGGCAUCAGUUGAUGAACAAAAAGUGAAGAAGAAAAAUAUUCCGAAAAAAGUCAAUCUUUUGGAACGCGCCCUAGACAUAGACAUCUUCCUGAAACAAUGUAAUGCCUCACAAGAGAAAAUAGUUGAAAUGAUUAAGGAAGGCACAAGCAAGGAUCUUGACUUGGAAAUGUUACGACGGAUGCAGAAAAUCCUACCAACUGACAGUGAGCUCUCUAUACUGAAUGCUUACCAAGGUGACAAAGAAAACUUGGGAAAUCCAGAAAAGUUCUAUUUGUUGUUAUCAAAAGUCCCCAACAUUCAUCUAUGCAUUGAUGGCAUGUUACUGAAGGAAGAGCGGACAGUGUUAAUGCAAACUCUAAAACCGAACAUUGAAACUUUGAAGAAAACCUGUCAAGUUCUGAUAGAAAACAAAAACCUUAAGGCUUUCUUUGCAAUCAGUCUUGAUGUUGGUAACUAUAUGAACUCUGGACGUUUUGCAGGGAAUGCUGUUGGUUUUGAAAUUAGUUCUGCUCUAAAACUCUUCAAGGAAACUAAAUCAAAUGAGACAGGUGUUACGUUAUUACAUUUCCUUGUCAAUCAAGCGGAGGAAUCCAAUAAUUUCUUGUUUGUCGAAGAACUCCAGCCUGUAAUAAACAGUGCAAGCAAGUUGUCAGUUGAGGCCUUACAGAAAGACUUGGGUGUAUUUAAAGCCAAUGUCAAAAGAUUUAGCACCGAUAUUAACUCUACUGAGGAAAAAAGUAAAUACAGUGAUUUCAUUAAGGAAACUUUAUUGGAAAUAAAAGAAACUGAAGACCAAUUUAAAGAAAUUGAUGACAGGAUUCAAACGUUAAGGGCUCAUUUUUGUGAAAAGAAAAAAGACUUUAAGUUGGAAGAAUUCCUCAGCAGUUUCAGCAACUUCCUACAAAGUGCCAAGCAAUGCCAAAAGGAUAACAAACAAUACAAAAUUCGGUUGGAAAUGCAACAGAAGAGCCAAAAGAAAAGAGAACAACAAAAACUGAUGAACAAAAGAAAAGAAUUAAACUCAAAGACAGAACUAGAUGAAAAAGGCCGCAGACGGCGACGCCACGUUGAUGACUCGGACAUCAUGGGAAGUUUGAUAAGUAUGAUUGCAAAUGGUUUCGUCGAAUGAUACCUCUGAAGAUUAUUACAACCACCACAACCACUACGAGAACCAGUCAACCAGCAAAUUCCUGCCAACAGUUUUCCCAGUGAAUAAUGAAACAAAAACUUUCAAUGUCAAUAAAAUAACCUGCAUUUAAUGCUGAUUAGUUCACAUACUA